AGUAGGUGGGUUUAGGUUGCCCCCAGCCCAGCUGCAGGUCCCGCCCACACUCAUUCGGGCAGCUGACCGAGCUCCAUUUCGUAGCGGACUCUCAGACGACUGACGGACCCUGUAGGACCUCCUGCCUCCUCACUUUUCUCUCUCUGCCUGGGUGAAGAAGUUUAUUGUGACUGUGAUGAUGAGUGUCGCGGUGGCGGAGGGCUGUUUUCUGUCCGCCCUGCAGCCCAACUCCUCCUGCACCGCUUAUGUGGUUCCGUCGGACGGUCCGUCUCCGGACCCGAUGGCUAAAGCCAGGCGGGUCCGAGAGCAGGUCCGGAUGCGGCUGGCUGAGAAGAAGUCCUCCUCCCUGCCCAGACUGGACGACUCGCUGAUAGGAUCAACAGAAUACAGCUAUCCUGAGGCAAGGACCAUUUCCCACGCUCUUGGUUUCAGUUCCAGAUCCAUGAUACACACACCGACCCGCGUCAUGGCUAUGCCCACAGCACCCCUUCGCUCCUCUGGUUUCUCGUCUCGCUCUGCUGCGGAAUCCAGUUCAAAGAUGAGCCACAAAGGAACCAACAUGGUCCACAGCAGCUUCCAGUCCUCCCAGUCACACAGCAGAAGCAGACGCUCUAAGUCACUGUGCCAAACAGACCAGGAGGCUAUUCCUCUCACUGUGUUGGUUCCUCCAGACAACGGCUCCUGCACGAUCCCUGUGCCUCCCCCAGGCACCCUAAGGCGCAGCCUCAGUGGGACACUGGCCCAGGGAAGAGGCCACUGGCAGGAGGAGGAGCUGCCGUGUCAGUACACCUACAAAGGCCCCUCCCACCGCACCAUCAGCCGCAUCACCAACCGACAGCAGCACUUCCAGCAGCAGAGCUCUGGCUUAGGGCAGGAGGGCUGGGUGGGGACUGGCAGAGGGGUCCCUAUGGCAGGGGACGGUUGGGGGACACAGUGGCAGCAGCAUGUGUCCAGGACCAACCAUGGCAUGAGCUCAGGGCAGUACCAAGCCUCCCUCCACCGGGCUGCCUCACUCCGCAGUUUGAGGAGUGUCGGGAAAGGAGUGGAUAUCUUGGAUGGAGCUUCCAUACACAGCAAUGACCCACUGGAAGAUGUUCGGGGCCUGGACAUGGCUACAGCUGUCAGAUAUCUUUCUGAGUCAGACGCUGCGUUGCAAGUUCUGGGAGCUGCAUACAUACAACACCAGUGUUACCACAGCAAUGAUGCCAAAAUCCAGGUCCGUGCUCUGCAUGGCGUUCCAGCUCUAGUUCAGCUUUUCUCAAGUGAAAACCAAGAAGUGCAGCGUUACGCCACUGGUGCCACACGGAACCUCAUCUAUGAGAACGCUGAGAACAAGGUGGCACUCAUAGAUGCCGGUGGAGUGACGAGUCUCGUCAACAUCCUGAGCAAACCUGACGAGGAGCUCCGAAAGACCAUCACAGGUGUCCUGUGGAAUCUGUCCUCCAGAGACAACCUGAAGGAGAAGCUGUGCAAAGAAGCUUUAUCAGAGCUGACGGAGAAAGUCCUGGUUCCUCUGUGCAACUGCAUCCCGCUCAGCCCAUCUGAGAAAGAAAUCUUCUACAACACCAGUGGCUGCCUCAGAAACUUGAGUUCAGUGAAUGAGAGGACAAGACAGAAGAUGAGAGACAUGCGAGGCCUGGUGGACUCUCUGGUGACCUACAUUCAACAGGAGGACAUAGCAGAUGACAAGGGUUUGGAGAAUUCAUUGUGCGUGAUGAGGAAUCUGUCGUACCAGCUGUACACAGAGCUCCCCCCCUCAGUCCGACUCCGUCUGGAGGGCCAGACGAGAGGCUCUGCCUCCAGGGACAGUGAUGCCAUCGGCUGCUUCACUCUGUAUAACAAAAAGAACAAUGAGCGGAACCAGAAUCUGUCCAUAUUGUCUGAAGUGUCCCGACAACCUAAGGGGGCUGAGUGGCUGUGGCACCCUAAGGUGGUGGUGCUGUACAAGGUUGUCCUGCAGAACAGCGACAGCAGCGCCACCAGUCGCGAGGCUGCUAUAGGAGCCCUGCAAAACAUCACUGCGGGAGACGCCAGGUGGGCCUCAGUGCUGAGCGUCGUGGUGAUAGAGCAGGAGAGGAUGCUGCCCAUCCUGCUGGAUCGGUUAGACACCAGCAGUGACAUGGAGCUGAAGCCUCUGACUGGCCUGCUGAGGAACCUGGCCAGACACGCUACUGACAAAGACAACAUGGCUAAGAACACUGUGAACGUUCUGGUGGCCAAGCUGCCCAGUGAUGGCCUGCAGAAAAUGCCAUCCAGCGAGGUGGUGGUCAACAUCUGUGGAGCCCUAAAUCACCUGGUCACCUGCAGUUCCUUGGCAGCCCGGGACAUCUCGUACUUUAACGGCCUGCCAAAACUGAUGGGCAUCAAGACAUCUCAUGAUAACAGCUCAGGGAGUCUAAAAGCUGCCAGAGCUGCCUCAACUGUCCUCUGCAACAUGUUCCAGUACAACAAACUGCACAAAGACUACAAACUGAAAGGAUUUGCCAGACGAGACUUCACAGACGCCACCAUCUAGGCUGCAGUACGUUACAUGAUUCCUUCUGAGCUUCUGACCUUGGAAUCAAUGUUGGUGUGAGGACACAAUGAGAAGCAACAGCUGGAUUUACUAAACAGAAGAUCUAACUGUGAUGGACCUAAAGCAAGAGAAAUGUGGACUGGAGCCAAUGGAACGAUGAACUUUAAGUUUGUCCUCUUUCAGAUGGCUGUGUGUUUAAUUUGGCUUAGCUUGCAGCAGAUAACCUGAGAUGACAGGAACUUCAAAAAGUCCACACAUACAGUGGACUUCAGCCCCCAAAACUAUCAUAUGCUCUUUGUGUAUUUAGGUUUGACUGAUGUUUUUUGUGGGUUUUUUUACACUGACACUGAUUCAAUUUAUUUCAAACUAAUAUUGCUAAUAGCUGAUAUAUGAGGGACACAUUAGAAACAGAGAAAGAGACAUACAAUAAUGUCUGUUAAUAUUUUAUACAUGGUUAGAGGAAGGCUAGCUGAUAUUAGAAAUAGUUUCUCUUUAGAUACUGGCUCAAGGUAAAGCAGCCAUUCACUUCUUUGGUUCACACUGGAUGGGACAACUAUUGGAUGGGUUGCCCAAUUCCCGGUCUGAAACGUUAUCCCAGAGUCGUUAUCCCAGACUCUGACUUUGGUGAUGAUCAGGAGAAAUAUUUCAUUUGUCAAAGACUUCGGUUUAUGAUGAAAUACUUGUAAAACUGAUGACAUUCCCAUUAAUUAGCAACAUGUUAAACCUUAUCUGCUAAAUAUCAGUGUGUUGGCAUUGUCAUUGUGAGCAUGUCUGCAUGCUGACGUUAGCAUGUAGCUCAAAGCACCAAUGUACCUAAUUACAGCUUCACAGAGUAGCUAGCCUGGUUGCUUUUUAACCAACAAAUACAGAUGUUUUUUUCUCUCAGAUGUAAACUAGUGAUGGUAAAAUGAAGCCUAAUGAAGCUUUAUGAACCAUUAACUUUAUUUUCCUGAGCUCACUAGAUGGCAUUCUCUGUUUAACAAAAGGAUUGAAAGCUCACUGAUUUGCCAUUUCUUGAGCCUUGUCUUUACACUAAGGGCGCCACCUAGUGGGGUCAACAAAGACAGCUAGUGGUAAGGUUCAUGUGUACAUCACUAGUGUUAAACCGACUAAAAGGAACUUUUAACUGGUUAUUAAACACCCUCUAUUUAACACUGAUGCCUCUAUAUAGCCUUAAUACGCAAACAAGACCAUAUGUGAGAAUAGGCGCAUUUCCAUUAGGUACUUUUCCCUCUAGUGAGCCGCUAUGGGUGUGGCUUGGGAGAGAGAAUCCGCCCAAGAUCCGCCCAUGUAAGUGUUGCAGAACUAUUUACGUCACAUUCGAACUCCGUUGGUUAGCCGCUACAAAAGUACCUGUAUAGGAACACAGGGCGAGGGGAACUAACUGGUGGGCAUAGCCAAAACACUCAGCCGAUUACCAAAAAGUACUCAUAAAGCACUCAGUGGAAACACGCCUGAUAUUGGCUGUUUCUUUGUAGUUAUUCUAAUUGCCUGUCCUGCUGCUGCCGGGUGGGAUUGACCGAAAUCAGACAAAAUCAUGCAGGUUUCUCCAGAACCUCUUUUAGCUCAGACUCCAGUGGGGCCUCCAGCAGCGACCAGCCCAGCGUGGAUAAAGUUACAGAUCUGGAUUUGACCUGCAGCGGAGAGCUCUGUGCCAAGCAACAGCAGAGUUUCACCACACUCCCCACCAGCUUCCUGGGAGCCAACACCUCGCUGCUUUAGUCCCAUACCAUUUUUGCUGAGCCUGCUGGAAGGAAGGGAGGCACUUUUGUCCCCGGAGGCAGCUAAACUCAACACAUAAAGCAAGUUCCUUCUAGCUGCCUUACACUUCAAGUUGGGGUCUAGCAAUUUUCCUUAACAGUCCAGAAAGUGAAAAAAAUAGCAGUAAGAGGAGUUUAAUUAUUAAUAAUUAGUUUGAUAAAAGAAUAGCUGAGAAGACAGCAUCAGUGCCACCAUGGCAGUAAAAGAAAGGAGCAUCAACUGCACUUCAACAAACAGUGUUCAGCAUUUGAUCUCAGGAGACCUGCUUAGAAAUACCACUAGCACUACAUGUGGCGUCAAACACAAAUGAACCAAAACAAGACAAUUAGCCUGUCUUCACAAUAUAGUUUUUGUGCUCAUGGUGAGGUGAAUCAUGGCCUUGAAAGAUAUACUGUAUGUGGAGUGGAAAAGGUUCAAAGACUGGAGAAAAUAGUGUGUUAUUUGAGGAAAAACUCAGAUACUCCUUCUCUGCCCUGUAUAAUCAAUCUAGUCAAACAAAAUUUGAUUAAAAGGAGAAGCCUCAUAAUGAUGUCUGCUGUGAGGCCAGUAGGAGCCAACAAGGGGAUUACUCUGAAAGGAUGUGUGGGGGAGACAGUCUAACCUUGAGUCCUGGACUUUUAUCUGCCAGAGGAAACUGCAGACCAGCAGCAGCCUCAGGCAGAUGGAGGAAGGGAGGGGCAUCCAUUCACAGAGGAGAUGUGGACAAUAAUCAUCGAGAAUUGCACCAUGGAGUAUACAGUUGUUCUUAAUGUGUUUCCCUUUUCUUUAUGUUAUAAAUUGUAUCCCUUGUCCUCUAUGUCAGCUAGCUAACUGGUCAUAUGUUGUUGUUGCUCUCUGCUGUCACAAGGUUGUCAUAUAUCACCGUCCCCAGAUAGUGUUGUGUUUACAGCUUGUUACAAACCCCAUAAAGUCACAAGGAAAUCAAUUAAUGCUGCUUUAAAUUGAGUGUGCAAGGAACUAAGAACAUUAUAAUGAUCAUAAUAAAUAUCAGCAUUGUUAAUAAUUGGCUGAUUAAGCUUACUUAUUUUUGUUUACACUGGAGCACUGGAACAUUUUUACACAUUGAUGGAUAGAACUUGUACUUUACUUACAGUAAGUUAUCAUGUACUAUACAUGAUAACUUACUGUAAGUAAAGCACAAGUACCUCCAAACUCAUGGUCCUUUAUACUGAAAUUACUAUACCUUUUACUCCUACAUAUACAUCUGUAGGUUUUUACAAAGAAAACAUGUUCCGUUUAUAAAAAUAAGCUUUGCUGUAGAUUAAUCUGGACUUCACUGUACAUGCUCUGACCUUUCUAUUAGGUCAUCUGCAGUAAGAGGCAGUUUGACAUUAAUGUAAUUCUGCAGUUUUUCAAGGUUUUGACAAAUCUGUAGUGUUAGCAGCAGCAGCAGGCUGGAUAUGAUACACUGUAAGAUGAAGAACAGUUAUCAGUAAGUACUGAUUGUGGAGGUAAGCUGUGGUAGCAGCAACCCAAACUCCCCACAGGGAGCUUCAGAGUUUCAUCCACUUUAAUCACAGGGCUUUCAGAGCAGCCUGUGAAUCUGUCUCUUCAUCCCAACCUCAGAAACCUCGAUCCCAGACUGAGCAUUCCUGACCUCAGUCACACAUACCAGUAAAAACUCCCAAACCUGCUCAUGUCCACAGUCCACUAUGGCACAGACUGAUGCCUAAAGAAUACCAUACAUGCAUGUUUUAAUCUUUAUUGAACAGCUGCAGACUUGGAGGGAAGGGUUAUGAUAUGCAAGUUUUAAUGUAUUUCAGAAUAAGUGUAUAACUUUUUGAAAGUAUAUUUCCAUACAAUAUGGACAGAUGCAGCCCUGCGGUAGACCUGUCCAUGGUGUGCCCCACCUCUCGCCCAAUGUCGGCCGGGAUCGGCUCCAGCCACCGACAGCCCAAGUUUGAAUAUAAGGUCCAGGAUAAUGAAUGAAUGAACGUAUAGAUGCAGAACAGAUGGAUCUUCCCUGCCCUCAUGUGGCAGUCCUACUGACCCUACUGUCAAGGACUUUUUACAUGGUUGUUUUAGGGUUUAUUGUCACAGCAUACAUUUCCUAAAGCUUAUCUAAAGUGUUGGACAGAGUGUGUUGACAUACUGUGAGACAGUUGCGCAAACAUGUUUUUCUAACUUUUGAAUUUGGGAAAUGGUUUGACCUAACUGUACCCUGAGCUGUUACGUCUUCCUCAGAGCUGACAGCUAAGCUUAGCAGUGAUGACUGGAAGGUUGGCUUUUAAUCAUCAGACCAGUUGAGGAAAUAUAUUUGGAGAAGCUGAAAGAGUUGAAAAAAGAAGACUAACUAGCUAACAAAAUUGCAUUGCAACCAACACAUCAACUAAACAUUGUAAAAAGUGUAAUGACACAGAAAGUAAGCGUGUUAGCAGCCUGUUUUGAGUCAUCAAUCUCAGAUAUCUUUGGUCGAGGAAAUGUUAUUUUUACUGAGUCUAAAACAUUCAUGACUUUGUUCAUUCAUUCAGCUGUUUUGCUGCACUGUCUUCAUUUGUAGUGAUCUUGCAUUUGUAAUGUUUGUGAUCUGUCCAAAUUGUUGCAUGAUGUAUUGUUUUUCCUGGCUGCUACCAAAUGUCCACAGGUGGGAUUAUAAAGUUUGACUGGACUUGAUUUAAAUGAACAAAAAUAUAAUUCUUGUGUAUAAAAUUUGAAAUAACGAAAAUAGUCAGAGUCUUAAACCUCUGAAGUCCAGGAUUCGUUUCUGACUCUGUUUAGCAUCUUUCAGUCUGUCCUUACAUCACAUGCAUUGCUCCUUUUUCUCCACACAAACUUGACUAUCAUUUAGAUUUUUCAUUUUAUUUUAAUUAACAAAGUAUAAAGCUGCCAGGAACCCAAAAUACAAACAAAGGACACAGACAGGUGUCUAUGGAAAAGAAAA